GUUCAUAGCGAGACGGAGUUACUGAAGUAGGGGUUCGAUUCUCGGAUAUUGUGAACACUGGUCACUGCAUAUCGAAGCCUAUCGUCCAGCUGUCCAGUUCGUCCCAUCUCCGGGAUCCAUUUACUGUUCACAAUUUCACGCGGAACUCUCGUGAUGAGAUGUAAUGAACUCUGAAACAUCAAUAACAGCAUCAGUUGGAUAAUGGCAGAGAAGAAGCCAGACCUCCCUAGGGGCCUGAUAGGACGCACAGGUGUGCCAACAGGGAGAGGGACAAGAUUACCGUCAAUUAGAGGUCCAAGAGACUUGACACUUGGAGGAAUUCCAAAGAAAGUGUUCACACCUACAAUUCCUGCAGGCAGAAGAGACAAGACCAAAGACAGUCAAGUACAAGAUGAAGGUCCAAAGAAGGAUGGAAAAAGAGGGCAUAGUGCUGAUAGAAGAGGGGCAGGACCAGAGAGGGGCAGAGGACGUGGACGGGGCCGAGGAAGGGGCAAGCCGCAAGAUGUCAUCCAGUCACAUUCCAUUUUUGAGCAAGGGCCCGUAGAGAAAUUAGCCAAAGGUUCAGGAUUCACCAGUGACUACCUAGGGGGAGGAGGGGGAGGGGGAGGAGGUGGUGGAGGUAGUGGUGGUGGUGGUGGCGGCAGAGGGGGAGGUUCAAAGUCUGCCUCAUCCUCUGGGGGGAUCAGGACUGGGAUCAAGACAGAACGGGGUGAGGAUGGAUCCAAGCAAGUCCUGGACUAUCUUCUGAGGGAUGAUUUUAUAGACACCUCUUGUGAUGCUGAAGACCCUACCACCCAGCCUGUGCUGCUACCUCUGUGUGCCAUGGUGGACAGACAAACGAAACUGGAUCUCACUAAUGUCAGCAACACCAAGAUCAAAAAGGAACCUGGUUUUGAUGCCGAGGUGGACAGUGUUGAUUCCAAGUCGCCCAAAGUGUCGGGACUAAGGCAGUCUCCAGUUGUGGUUGAUGAAAGCUGUGAUCAGCUCUUUACGAACCUUGGGAAAACAGAAAACAGUGACUUGAUGUUUUUCCAAUUCCCCGACACCAUGCCUGGAGUUCCAGCCAGUAAUCGAGGUGGAGAUGGUGAUGACAGGCAGAAAUCCCAGACCGGGGCUAAGGCUGGGGAUGACUUAGCUAAGAAGAUGAGUUCCUGUUCCCUCUCGGAUUUCUCUGAGGGAUACAUGGGUAAACUGUUGGUGCGGAAGUCGGGGCGUACACAGCUAGUGCUGGGCAACAUCACACUCGAUGUUUCCAUGGGAACCAAAUGUGGAUUCUUACAGGAUUUAGUUUCAGUAGAAACCAAGUAUGAUGGCGGAGAUGCAGGUCACAUGGCCGUGCUUGGCCACGUCAACAAGAGGCUUGUAUGUACACCUGACUUUGACAGUCUGCUGCUGACCUUAUGACAACAGAUGUAAAUAAAAUCGAAGAAAAAAAAGGUCACAUUGCUUGUGUGAAACAUCCCACAAAGUAAUGCUGCAGAGAUGUCCUCCAGUUCCCAUCACAAUGCUGGGAUUUCAGACUACAUCACUGUGCUGGGAUUUUAGACUACAUCACUGUGCUGGGAUUUCAGACUUCAUCACUGUGCUGGGAUUUCAGACUACAUCACUGUGCUGGGAUUUCAGACUACAUCACUGUGCUGGGAUAUCCCCCUAAGAAAACAUCACUACGGAGAUGUCCCCCAGUUCACAUCACUGUGCCGGGAUGUCCCCCGAAGACUACAUCACUGUGCCGGGAUGUCCCCCGUAGACUACGUCACUGUGCUGAGAUGUCCCCUGAAGACUACAUCACUCUGCCAGGAUGUCCCCCGUAGACUACCUCACUGAGCUGGGAUGUCCCCCAGUUCACAUCACUGUGCUGAGAUGUCCCCCGACGACUAAAUCUACAUCACUACUGGGAUGUUCCCCUAAGAUUACAUCAAUGCUGAGAUGUUCCCCUUAGAUUACAUCACUGCUUAGAUGUCCCCAAAAGACUUUAUUACAGUGCUGGUAUGUCCCCCAGUUCACAUCACAAUGCUGGGAGGUCCGCUAAAGACUAAAUCACUGUGUUGGGAUGUCCCCAAAUGACUGUAUCACUGUGUUGGGAUGUCCCCAAAUGACUACAUCACUGUGUUGGGAUGUCCCCAAAGUAUACUUCACUGUGUUGGGAUGUCCCCAAAGUAUACUUCACUGUGUUGGGAUGUCCCCUAAGUACACUUCACUGGUACAUUCUCAAAGGUUUGCCUGGUACCACAACUCAAAAUUCAUGUCUCAGAUAUAUCGCAUAAUUACACAGUAGUGCUAGAGAUAUUGCUGCAGAAAAUGACAUAAACAGUAGUCUACUUUUAUAAGGAAGUCCAAACUAUAUACUGUUGUAGUUUAGUGUUUGGAAAAAAAAGACAGCGUUCUGGAGGAACUAUUCUUUGUAUGUAACAUUUGAACCUGUGAUAAGUUAUUUAUAAAAUUGUAUUUUUCUUGUUGAAUUUUUCUCCAUCAUACUGAAUAAUACUUCUGUUAAGAAAUCUCAAUCAGUCAGGUUGUUGGAUUUGAAAAUCCACUAAUCCUACUAAUUUUGGGCAUUAUUUAGUUGUACAUAUUUAUACAAAGGAUUGAAGGGCUAUUUUAAAUGGUUAAAAAAAGUUAUCUUUCAUUACCAUAAGAAACAGGUGUUACAUUUGUCACUGAAAGGAAUUGAAAGGUCAUGCUUUUUUUAGGCUUUCAGUUUUGAAAAUGUUUAAAAGAACCAUUGUGCAAGAAGCAACACGAUAAGUAAAAAAAAGUGUGACUGAUCAAGAUCAACAUCUCAAGUAUCCAAAAGACAAUAAUUUACAAGUGUUAUCGUGAUACAGAAAAAGAAAAUAUCAAGAUUGGCAAUGAAAGUGCCGCAAAAACACCAAUUUACAAAUGUUUUGGUGACAUGAGAACAAGAGUUUGAUUGGCCAAUUUAUAAGCGUUUUGGUAAAAGAGAAUAGGAAAAGUUUGCAUGUCUUGGUUGAAACGGUUCAGGUGGCGCACUUGGACUGAGCUGUGUGCAGAGCUAAAAAAAAUGAAAAUUUCCAAAUAAGAAUAUAUUUAUAUAAAGUACUUUAAAACUUCAUGUGAAAUGACCUUGUUUUAUAAUGCAAACUAGCAAUAUUUAGCUAAAAGUUCUCCAUGUUCCUUGUUUUCAUACAAUUAUUUUGAUUGUCAUAUGUCGCUAUCACUAACAAUGUAAUAUUAUAGUCGAGGAGAGGGCU